UGAUCGUAUAUUGCUGAUUUUUACCAUUAUAACGAAUAAUUGGUGAAUUUUUAUAUCCACCUGUUUCUGAUGCUAGCACAUACACGCGCGCCCAUACUUACUCUCACAUAUGCACACGCACACUAAAUUAUUUAUAUUAUUGACAAAUCAAUUUUCAUUAUAUUUCAGCAAUUAAUCGUAUACGUAAAUUCCGAUUGUAACAUGAUCGUGCGCAAUUGAUAAACAAAUUGUGAUUCAAGAAAAGCCCAAAUAAUUCCUCGUUGAUAAGUGGCGUAUACGUAUAUCUUAAAUCUCUUUCAACAUUUGUAUUCAAGUUGCUAUCCUUAAAUUAAGUUUUAAAUGAAUUAAACCGAAUUGAACGUCUCACUCCCGAUACUCAUCUAAGCAGUCAUUAUGAUUACGAUUUUCGAGUUUUUGAUGUCAUUCAAUUUCUGUAAAAAUUUCAUACCAUUUUUUUCCAAUUUUUUUUACAUUUAAUGAUCCAAAAACAAUAAAAAUAGUAGUAUUAUUAUUAUUAUUACUAUUAUUAUUGCAAUUAUCACUAUUAUUACCAUUGCUUACUAUUACUAGUACUACUAUUACUAGUAUUAUUCUACUAUUGCUAUUAUAUAUCACUACUGCUACUGCUAUUACCAUCUCAAUUAUUACUACAUUACCAUUAUUACUGCUGCUAUUGUUACAAAUAAAUACUUUAGUGAUAUUCAUCGCGAUGAAUGUAAACAUAUGGUAUGACCUAUAUACGAUAUACAGUGUAUAUGUUAUACUGAAAUAUAAUGGAUUUUUGUACAUUUGUUAAUAGACACGAUAUAGAGAUCUAGAGAGAGACGCUCGAAAUGGGGCAAACAUUUACUCGUUUGUCUACAGCGCAAUUACAUUUAUAUAAUGCGUUGUAUCAAUUGUUAUUUGCAACUUAUUUCAAUAACGCGCAUUCAUUUACAUCGUUGGAUGUAUUCUUAUAGAAUAAGACAUACAGAAUAGUGUUAUAAACAGUUACAUCGUGUACCUUUAACAGAUUCCUUGUAGAAAUACGUACAUAUUCUCAUAAGGAUAUGACUGAACAAUUUGUAUAUUGAAUUUCACAAGACAGAACAGUGUAUCUAAUGAUGUUGGAAUUUAGGUUCAUACUUGAAGCACACAUACCAUGUUUCAGUAUAGCGACAACUACUUCAAUAUAAAUAAAUUUAUGGUAUAUUAGAAUAAUUUGUUUUGAUAUAUCUGUAAUUUUGUAUUUUAAUGAUUUUUGUCAAUUUUGUUUAUUUAAUUCCAGUUCAUUAAGUUUUAUUUCAUCAAUAAAAGAAGAAAUUAAUCAGAGGAUAAGCAUACUAUAUACAGUGUGAAUUAAAAUAAAAAGACAAUACGAGAAUUAAAACAUUUAAAAACUCAAAUAUAUAAAAUUUAGAUAUUUGAGUAUUCAGAUAUUUAUCGCGAGAUACAGUGUUUACUAUAUAUAUUCUCAAAUGUAUAUUUUUGGCACGUAUCGUUGAGUGAAAAGAGAACGAAUAAAAACACACGAUAGAGAGAACACUUUCCCUCAGUCGAAUGAGUCAAGGAUGAUAGUUACUGUGAAAGAAGAAAAGAGAAAAGAUUGAGAGAAUGGGAAAGAGUGAGGGAAACAUUUCAUCGAGAACAAAGUAUGUCGAGGUCUUUUCACGGACAGUCAUCCUAAUUGAGGUUUACCCCAUGGUGUAGUGAUGAUUGCACGAUUCCAAUGGUUUCCUUCCUCCAUUUUAAUUUUUUUAUUUAUCCCCCUCUUUUUUCUCCUUCUUUUCUUCCAUCUUCUCUCUUUCUUAUUUACACACAUGAUCCUUUCUCUUGUUUUCUCUACCUUAUUUCCGCCCCCCCCUCUUCUUGUCAGCCCCCACCCCCCCAGUCAAAACUCAAUAGACGAUGGACAAUUCGCCGGUAGUCUCGCGAACGCGAUAACUUUGUUGAAAUAGUUGAACGUUGUAUGCCCGAUCGCGAAUAAUAAGUGUUGUAAUAUAAUCGUGUUAAAAACCGUAUGGAAUGUGAAAAAGAUCGGUUGAAUGUUUUCUCUGGAUCAGGAUGUCAUUGUCCACUGUUUUGAAAUUGUGCAUAAUUUGGAGUUUGCUAACAAGUUCUUGGUCAUACACCGAAGAAGUCACCCACUAUCGUUAUCAUUCUGCAUCAAACAAAUUUGGAACAUCUCAGACAUUUGUAACACCGAUAAGAGGAUGGAGAGAACCAGAUAGAUGGGAUAAUAGUGAUCCACAAAGAUUGGGUCCACCAAUUUUUCGAAAAAAUACGCAUAUUAGACCUUACGUAAGAUUAGCGAAAGUUAAAGAAAAACGAGAACAGCCGGAUCCUCUGGUUACGAUUACCGAAACUUUGGGCGCCUUAAAUACUGUCGGGAGUUAUAUCGUUAAUAUGACUAGAGGAGUAGAGAACUCAAAUUAUCCACCAAAGGAAUUACCAUCAGCUAUAUACACUAUCUCGAAGAAUAUUUUAGGACGCAAUGUAACAGAUAGUAUUGCACCGUUAGUCCGAGGUGUAGCUUUACCUUUGCGACCUAUACCGACCGAAAGUUCCUCUGUCUCUUCUGUUUCUUCUUCUCCUGCAGAGAUUAAUCAAAACAAUAGGGAAAAGGAAUCAAUGAUAUCGUCAGUUGAUUGUACUACGGCAGAAGGCAAUCUUGGAAAAUGUCAGGAUUUAAGUAACUGUCCUCAAUUGUUGCUUGAUUUGACCAAACUCAGACAAUCAUUAUGCUUUAAAAGUUUAUUCGUUCCGGGCGUUUGUUGCCCAUUGACAGAUAAAAUCGACAAUAAUGGAACUAGCCCGAUAACUGGUACAAUUUCAACACCAGGAAUCGAGCCACCCAUACAUUCUCCAUCGAGACCACCAGUCCGACCAACGAAGCCACAUCAAACUCCUCGACCGAUUCCAUUGUUCCCUGUCAUUACAACUGUAUCUCCUGUCAAUCCAUCGGUGAACCAUUCAAUCAAUUUCUUUGGAUCUUCAACAUCCGGCAGCACUAUAGAUAAUAAUUUUAUACAAGAUGACGAAGUAGAAUGCGGAGUAAGAAACUCGGGUAAAUAUCGAGUAGUCGGUGGAGAAGAAGCUCUUCCAGGACGUUGGCCUUGGAUGGCAGCGAUUUUUUUGCAUGGCUCUAAACGCACGGAAUUUUGGUGUGGUGGAUCUCUGAUUGGAUCGCGAUACAUUUUAACUGCGGCUCAUUGUACACGCGAUCACCGUCAACGGCCAUUUGCUGCAAAACAGUUCACUGUACGUCUUGGAGAUAUAGAUCUCGAAAGAAAUGACGAACCAUCCGCACCGGAAACUUACAUGGUUAAACAAAUUCACGCACAUCCAAAAUUUUCUCGUGUUGGGUUUUACAAUGAUAUUGCAGUUCUGGAGUUGACGAGAACUGUUCGAAAAUCUCCUUAUGUAAUACCGAUUUGUUUACCGCAAGCACAUUAUCGAAACGAACGAUUUGCUGGUGCUAGACCAACCGUUGUUGGAUGGGGCACUACUUACUAUGGCGGAAAAGAAAGCACGAUACAGCGGCAAGCAGUGCUUCCAGUAUGGAGAAACGAAGAUUGCAAUGCAGCUUAUUUUCAACCAAUUACUAGUAAUUUUCUUUGCGCUGGUUAUAGUCAAGGCGGCAAAGAUGCUUGUCAAGGUGAUUCCGGUGGUCCACUUAUGCUUAGAGCAGAUGGCAAAUGGAUUCAGAUCGGUAUUGUCUCGUUUGGUAAUAAAUGUGGAGAACCAGGAUAUCCGGGAGUAUAUACGCGUGUUACCGAAUACAUAGACUGGAUUAAAAAUAAUUUGAAUUAAGCAUGAGCAAUUUUGAUCCUAAUUGAUUUGUAUUUCCGACUUCGCAUGACAUGAUUGUUACUCGGUAGUACAAUAUUAUUUGUAAUAUUAUUUGUAUAUUAUAUGAGUGCCAAGAAUCUUAUACAUUACCUCUUUAUAUUAUAUGCACUAGUGUAACUGCACAUAUAUUUGUGCAAUUAUACAAAUUUGUAAAUUAUAUUAUAAUAAUUGUACAUACGUGCGCACACUUAUAUAUGCAAAUAUACGUAAUUUAAUAAAUUA